AUGUUUUCACCCGCCCGACGCCUGAACCACAGCCUCCCAAGGACCAAGAACAUGUUGGGUGUCUGCGUCGUUGGCGCCGGCGGCGUGGGGACAAUUGCAGCUUACGUCCUGGAGAACUCGCAGCGCGCCCGUGUCACGGCAAUCUUGCGGUCCAACUACGCGCUCGUGAAGGAACGUGGUUUCGGUAUUGACUCGAUCGAUCAUGGAAAGGUCACAAACUGGAGGCCGCAUAACGUUCUGAAACCACUGGUCACGCCGGGGAAAACUAGCCUCGCCCUGGUCCAAAAUGGACUGGCCAUCGAAGCUCCCUUCGCCGCCGCCUUUCCCAACACACCGACCUUCUCGAGCGUCAGCAUGAUCGGCUCACGCCUCACGAACUCGACCUCGAUUUUCCACCAAUACCCGGACGUAUCGAAGAUUGGCGCACAUUUCCACCACGUCGACGAUACGUUUACGCGCGCGACGCAGCACGACGUCGCCGCGCUCUACGUCGACGUGUACAACGCCGGGCUCGCGGGCGCGAAACCCAAGACCAACGCGCGCUGCCUGCUGGUCGAGGACAUCUUGCUCUCAGGCCCGGGUCGGAACACGCUUUUGGAGCCGGCGAUGCGGGAGGUCGCGGCGGUCGCCACGGCCGCGAGCUACGGGGACGCGGUGUCGGAAGACAUGAUACAGAACAUGCUUCAUGACUCGGCUCCCACUAGCACGUUUCGGCCCAGCAUGUUGGUCAAUCUGGAGAAUGAACGGCCGCUGGAGUUGGAGGUCAUUCUUGGGGCGCCGUUGAGGGCGGCCAAGGAGAAGGGUGUCUGUACGCCGAUUUUAACUCAGGUCUAUGAGCUCUUGAAUCAGGCUCAGUGGAAGUUAACACAAGAAGUGGGAAAAUAG